AUGGGGUCCCCGUUGAUAGACCAGUUUAAAAGGCAAGCAUCUUCUUUUCUACAAGAGAAAUACAAAACUGCUAGGCUCACCUUCACUGAUGUUACUGAAUCUGAACUGUUGGCUGAAGAAGUAACAACUAAUGAUCCAUGUAGCCCUGAUGCUAGAACAAUGACUAGAAUAGCUGAAGCAUCUUUUGGGAUAGAUGAUUAUUGGAGAAUUGUUGAUAUUCUUCAUAGGAGGUUGUAUAGCAUUGACUGGAAGCGAUGGAGACAAUCCUACAAUUCACUGGUAUUUCUUGAGUUCUUACUAACCCAUGGUCCUGAAGAUUUUGCUGCAGAAUUUCAGUGUGAUACUUUUGUUAUUCAGGAGCUUGGAACAUUUAACCACACAGAUGAAAAGGGGUUCAACUGGGGUGUCAGAAUGAAAAAGAAAUCAGACGAAAUACUUAAGCUCUUGGGAGGAGGGGAGAAACUCAAAGAAGCUCGUUUAAAAGCUCUCAAAGUAACAAGAGAAAUCCAAGGAUUUGGAGGGUCAAUGACUUCAUCUCCGAAUUCAUCAUCCUCUGAAGCAUCAACCUUUUCAUCAUUUCUCUCAUGUUCCACCACAACUACUCCCACCUGGAAUGAUAUAAAUGAGCUAAACAAAUUUCAACUGCCCUUUCUUGAGAAAGAAUCUCCGGAAAGUACUAAUUUCUCAGCUAAAAACAAGAAUGUUGAAGGAUCACACCUCUGGGAUUGUCCUGAAAUCCAAGAAACAGGCUCUUUACUUGAUCCUGAAGAUGUAGGUGGUGGAAAAACAGAUGGUGUUAUCAGUGGAAUUUGCUCAAAGCUUGUUGGCAUUAGUCCUUCAAAAGGUUAUAAUAAUGGCGAGAAAGUUGGAUUUAGGAGUGUUUCUGAUGCUGGGAGGACGAUGAAGAAAAAGUAUGAUCGCCAGCAUUCACUUUGGUAUUGA